CAGGACUUGGGCCAUAACUCAGCGCAGGAUUCAGACACAGCCCGGCCGUUGGCGCGAACGGAAGUUCAGUUCAGUUGAAUUGAGGAUAGAAAGGAUGCACUCGCCCGCCCAGUCGCCCAUUCUGGAUGUCACCGAGACCGUAUCGCUGCACUCCGAACUGGAUGCCGACCUGGAGACCAAGAAGAAUCCGCCCUACGCCUUUCCUACUCCCCAGAAUCUUCGGCUGCCCGGUUUGGGCUUUCCCAGCAUGAUCGGUUCGAAGAGAUCCCCCGAAUCUCUGCCUGCCUUCGAGUACAUUGCUCCGCCAAGUCACGCUCUCCAGGCCCUGGAAUUUCCGCUCAUGGAGUUGAAUCGCGUGGGCGUGAUCGGCGGCGGAAUGUUUCCGGGUUUCAUGCACCGGCGGGUUCGCGGGGAGAAGCGACCCAUUCCGGAGGCCCAGAAGGAUGCCAAGUACUUCGAGCGGCGCAAGCGGAACAACGAGGCGGCGAAGAAGUCGAGGGAUGCGCGCAAGAUCCGCGAGGAUAGGAUAGCCUUUCGGGCGGCCCUGCUGGAGCAGGAGAACUCUAUACUGAGGGCUCAGGUACUGGCGCUCAGGGACGAGCUGCAGACGGUGCGACAGCUCCUGGGGGCCACAACUGCCGGCGGCAUGUUGUCCAUGGCCAGACAGGUGUAACUUGGCAGCGAGGACCACCAAGGAGCAGCUGGAUCAGUGUACAUAUCAGUGAAGUGAGGAGCAAUAGAGAGCAUUUGGUUCUACAAACUUUUGUUAAUAAAUGUUUAAACUUAUCGUCUAAGAUAUCCCUAAAAUAUAUGCAAAGAUGUUCAUUAAAA